UUGUUAUACUAGUGAGUCUCUACUUCUGUAUGUUUAACAUUUCCAUAAUGUAAUUUUUAGAAAUGGAGAGGAAGGGAUCAAGAGAUUUCUAAGAAUGGGAAGGAAAAAGGGAGUCUUGGGAAGGUCAGUGCUAGAGAUGCCACCAUUGAAAAUUCUAAUUUUUGCAAGAAGGCAGCUAUAAAUACUUUUAAGAAUAGUUUCUUGAUUUUUAGAGAGAGAGGAAGAGAGAAGAGAGAAACAUUGAUGUGAAAGCACAACAUUGAUUGGCUGCACACUCCCCACCAUGGAUUGUGCCAGCAACGCGGACAUGUGCCCUGACCAGCAGCCUUUUGGUGUACGGGAUGACAUCCAUCCAACUGAGCCACUCCAGCCAGGACAAGGCAGCAAUAUUUCAUAUACCUCCCUCCAAAAUGAGAAACAGGAACCGAGGUUGCUAAGAGACCACCUGUGCUGAAUGCACUUUGUUCUAGCAAGAACAGACGGAGAGAAAACCAAAGAGCCGUGUUAUCUGCCACAAGCUGGGACUGAGUCAGGAAGCAGGAUCAUUCUGGAUAUGACGUCUAAAAACUGGAUAUUAAUUUCUACUACUACCCCCACAAGUCUGGAAGAUGAAAUUAUGGGAACAAUUCUAAAAAUUUUGUUUGUUAUCUUUGUUGACUUAAUGUCUAUUAUUUAUGUUGUUGUAACUUCUUAGAAAGUUGACUUCCCUUUAUAAGUAAAUUUCAUAUUGAAUUCCUGUGAA